AGGGAUGAAAACUAUCACAGACUAGACUCAACGCACAUGUGUUGGGCAUGAAAUAGUCCGGUUAAAUUUGUUAUGAAUUGUCUCAUCCGUUGUAAAAGCCCCAAUCGGCAUGCUAGUGUUUGAAGUUUGAUUUAUGCAUAUUUCAAUUUUUGAAACAACUUUGAAUUCUGAUCGGAAAGAUGGCGAAAAGCAAGGCUGUACCACAACCUAAGCAUAAGGCUGUCAUGAGUAAUUUUAAACCCAAGUCAACAAAGCAAUGGAUCAAAGAAAGGGACUCCCAACUCAAAGAGUUUGUUUCCCUCGUAGACACUGCUGAUCUUAGCGGGUCGAAAGCAAAGAAAGUCAAAGUGAAGAAAGAGACAUCUAACAGUGAAGAAAGUAAGCCGGUGCCACUUGGCUUACGCCAAGGCAAAAAUGAUAAAUUUCCAGGAAGACCAUCAGUUCCUAAAGAAAAAUUGUUAAAGCAUAGUAGGGGUGAAGGUCUUGAUGGAACUGGUGUCAAAGUAAAUCUGUUAAAGAAGAAGCUGCAAAAACGAGAAAAAAUUAUUGAAUAUUCUACAGAACAAGCUGCAAGAUUAGAGUUGUUUCUUCCUGAAGAUUCUGGGUUUUUGGAAGCUGAUGAUGGAGAAGUAACAAGACAGUUUUCUCAAGGUCAAAUUGCUGCAUCAGUUGAUGUCACAAGUGCCACAAAACAAUUUGAUCUUGAUCUCCAAUUUGGACCUUAUAAAUCAAAUUACAGCCGUAAUGGACGUUUCCUCUGUCUUGGUGGGCGGAAGGGGCACAUAGCUGCUAUGGAUUGGGUCACAAAAAAGCUUUUAUGUGAAAUGAAUGUAAUGGAAGAAGUAAUUGAUGUCAGGUGGCUUCACGUUGAAACAAUGCUUGCAGUUGCUCAGAAAGAAUGGGUUUACAUAUAUGACAAUCAAGGAAUUGAGUUGCACUGUCUCAAGCAGCUGAAUAGAGUACUUUGUAUGGAAUUUCUUCCAUACCAUUUCUUACUUGCCUCUGCUGGUGAACAAGGCUGGUUAAAAUGGUUGGACAUAUCAUUAGGAAAAAUUAUUUCACAAUUCAAUACUAGAAUGGGUCGUUUAAAUCUCAUGGUACAGAACCCAUACAAUGCUGUUCUCUGUUUAGGACAUGCUCAAGGCACAGUAUCUAUGUGGAGUCCAAAUAUGAAAGAACCUUUGGCUAAAAUGCUCUGUCAUAGAUCCCCUCUGCUUGGUCUUGCAGUUGAUCGGACUGGACAGUACAUGGUAACAUCUGCUGCUGACAAAACUGUCAAAACCUGGGAUCUCCGGAUGCUGAGUGGGCCUUUGUCAGAAUAUCAUUUGUUUGCCCAUGCAAACAAUUUAGCCUUAAGUGAGAAAGGAUUAUUAGCUCUGUCAAUGGGUAACAUUGUAGAGGUUUAUAAAGAUCCAUGCCGUAACCAUGUUGAUAAAGCAUAUCUACGGCACAAGAACAGCAGUACCAUAAAAUCUCUUCAAUUCUGUGCAUAUGAAGAUGUACUGGGUGUGGCACACUCUAAAGGAUUUACAAGUGUUUUAGUUCCCGGGAGUGGUGAACCCAACUUUGAUGCUUUGGAGGCUAAUCCGUAUCAGACAAAGACUCAACGUCGUGAGCGGGAAGUCAAAUCUUUACUGGAGAAGAUUCAACCAGAACUCAUAUCUUUAGACCCAAGCACAAUCACACAGGUUGACACUCCGACUCUCCAGGAUAAGGUUGAAGCUAAAAAGAAUCUACUGUUUUUGAAACCUCCAAAGCUUGAUUUUGAACCUCGAAAAAGAGCCAAAUGGAGGGCUGGUACUGCUCAAGUUGCUAAAACUAAGAAAAUCAUACGAGAAGAUAAUGUUAGGAAAUUUGUACAAACAAAGAGACAUUUGCUACAGGAAGACAAAAACAAAUCCGAAGCAAGCAACAUUUCAAACAAUGUAUUAGACAGGUUCAAGUCAAAAAAACGUUGAUUGAAUGUUUACUUGGUAAAAUACCCCUGCUAUUUUUCAAUCUUAAUUUGUACUGAUCUCCAAAAUGAAUUUCUAAGGUUGGCUUAGAGUGAAUGUAUUCUGUUUGAACAUUGACAAUUAAAUAAAAUAAUUACUGUGAUA